CUGCUGCCAGAGCCUGUGUUCUCCAGAGAGGACAACAUGGGGACUGAAGAAGGGCUGCCAGGAGAAACUUCACAGAAGUUCUAGAAGCUGCUCAAAAUUCGUAAGUAACAGAAUUUUGACAACUGGACAAGGAUAAAGUCUUGAGAAUGUCAGUGCUCUGCAGCUCCUUGCUGGCGAUGAUGUGUCUGAUGUUGACUAAUGGAACUCCUUUGAAGAAAGACGUCCUGGAGGAAGUUAUACAUAACUUCAUGAGUGAGCUUGAGGCAGAGAGGGAGCAGAAGCUGGUGCUCCGGGAGGAGUUCUCCUUCCUGCUGGCGCUCUCCGGUACAGAGUGUCUCGGCGACAUGCCUCCAAUGUACAUCGCCACGUUCUACUGCAGCUUUGGACGGAAAAAGUUAUUUCAUCCAAUAAUAGGCAAGAACCCGUCGCAUUUCUAUGAGCCUUCAAACCUGGUGGCGCUGUUUCCUGUAAAGAGGGGCCGAUGCGCUGAGGCCAGCCUGCUGAGGAAUGAUAUCCCAAACUGGUUCGCCAGCCAGCACGAGGUGAAGUUUAACCGGCUUCAUGGCGAGGGAUGCCUGAUCUUUUUCACCCGGCGCUCCCCAUGCUUGAAAAGCAGCACACUGGACCUUUUAAAUGACCCACCGUUUAGUGAUGAGUGGACAAAGGAAAAGGGUAUCCACAAGUAUUUCGUGUUUACUGCUGAGUUUCCGAACAGUGGAAGCUGUUUGGACAAGAAGGGUGAGCACCAUCAUGGAAAAGGGAGCUUUGUCCAGGAACACCUCUCUGCCUUUUUAAUUCGGAACUGUAAGAGGAUGAGCAAUACAACUUCCUACACGUGCCAAGAUGAGGACUGAGCCAAACGAGUGAUGAGUUCUAUGAGAGAAAGUGACUUGUUUUCACGAAAAGAAGUUUUUGGAUUUCACUAUUGUCUCUUCUAUAACUGCUUAUAAUAUACUGUUGGCUUCCAAUUUGAUACAAUUUGUGCCAGAGGUUCGAUUUUAGCAAAAGAAUAAGACGCGGGUGUGCAUUCAGUAUUUGUUGCAUAAAUACUGUAAGUGAAAACAUAAAAAUCUGCAAGACUGUGAGUAUGAGAUAUUGUAAAAACAAAUCUGUCCA